AUGUUCUCCUAUACUCUUUCGAAACGACGAACACGAACGUCGAAACAGAUCGUGUCCGGUAAUGCAACUCUGCGACUGAUUGAUGGCAAUCGGAUACCGCUGUUCGGUCUUGGCCUGUAUGAAGUUGAUGGCAGUUCAUGGACGACACGUUUAGUCAAAUCAGCAAUAACCAUGGGUUAUCGUCUUUUCGAUACUGCAGAGGUGUACGAAAAUGAACAUGAGCUUGGCGAAGGAAUAAGAAAAUCUAGUGUUGCACGCGAACAAGUAUACAUCACAUCGAAAGUUUACACAACCGAAGGCGGACGUCGGCAGGUUCUCGAUUGCGUUCGGCAAAGUCUUAUGCAGUUAAUGGUAGAUUACAUCGAUCUUUAUUUGAUCCAUGCUCCACAAGGUGGACAUGUUCUUGAAGCUUACGAUGCCUUGCAUGAAUUACGAAAUCUCGGUCGAAUACGUUCAGUUGGAGUUAGUAAUUUCGGUAUUCCGCAUUUAGAAGUGAUUCGGAAGAGUGGUCGCCCAUUGCCAGUUGUUAAUCAGAUAGAAUUGCAUCCAUUUUGUCAACAACGUCCAAUAGUUAGUUAUUGCCGCCGACAUGGCAUUGCGCUCAUGGCUUACUCACCUAUGGCACGCGGAGCAGCAUUGAAUGAUCCGUUUGUACUUCAGUUAGCGAGAAAAUAUCGUCGCACACCAGCACAAAUUCUAUUGAGAUGGUCAGUACAAAAUGGGUUUAUUCCUAUUCCGAAAACCAAUCAUCCCAAUCGAUUGAAAGAGAAUUUUCAAGUGUUCGAUUUUCGUCUAAGUGCCAAUGAUAUGAGACAACUAACUGACUACGGUUAUCAACAACCGAUGGUGUCUGGAUGGAAUCCUGUCUCGAACACUACAUCUCAAUUCGGAGCGAUUUAUUAG